AUGAACAAGUUUCGAAAAUGGGAUCGGACCACUUCUGGUUGCAUUGUUUCCCACAUGCACUGGGUUGGGGGUGGGGCUGGCGUCGAAAGUGGUUUAGAGCCAACUCUCGAGCUCCAGAGUGAGUUGAGGAUAUCGUGUCGAUUGGGCGACAUGUGGACAGUUGCUGUCCGAGGCAACGGUGCCUUGUACCGCUUCGUGAUUAAAGAGGGCCUAUUGAAGCACCAAAGCGCAGACAUUGACUUGUGGGUUUGCAUUUGUGGUAGGGGUCAACUUUUUUAUGCAGGCCGCCCCAAGAUGACCCGUUUUUUCAGUCUCUGCGUCCCGCCACUUUUCGUCGUCAGCAACAUUUCUGUAUCAAGUCAAUAG